UUUUAGUGUACCAGAGUUACCUGCCCCUGGCUCUCUUCAAAUCGUUGGUCAAACCCGGAUCUUCGCUAGGUGCUUCGUGAAACCAUUUAUGAAUGUUAUGGUUAUACAUAUCUGAUACUGUUUUUAUGUUCCUAAAAAACAUGUUCCUAAAAAGUUCUCAAGUUUUUUGAAAGCAGAUUAAAACGACAAAACGAAGGAAUCCGAGGAAGCAAAAAGCUUAAACGAGAUAGUAUUGUUUAAACUGUUCGAAUCCCGCUUUAUGUUGCUUCGUUCAUUUAUGUUUAACUGUCAACGUUGUCAUUAUACAGACACUUUGUGGAAUUUUACUUAAACUUGGAUUGGAAAUAAUUAUACUAUUACUGGUGUAAAUAGCCAUAUUUAUAGUAAUAGUAGUAAUUAUAAUAUAAUUAUAAACUUGAGAGUCAUACUAAAUAAGAUCACCCGACAAGAGCAAAUGUCUGGUGAGUUUAUUUUACUCUAUCUCUUUCUUUUUACAUCUCCAGGAUAAAUAACCGAUCAUUAACACACGUCUGAUGAAAUCCAUUAAGGCAGAUUUGUACAGCCAGAUUCCAGAUUCUCUUUUUGUUGCCAACCCUCACCUGUUACCAAGCAAAGGUGAUGAAACAACAAACUUGUCUACAAUGGGAAAAGACGGCUAUGACUAUGAAUUUGAGCCUACACCUGACCCAAAAUAUGAAUGUCCUAUCUGCCUUCUUAUCCUCUGUGAACCCAUGCAGACAGAAUGUGGGCAUCGAUUUUGCAAGUCCUGUAUUGACCGAUGGCUAACAGAAGGCAACUGCAAGUGUCCCAUUGACAAUGCAGAUGUGGAUCAGAACAAAAUGUUUCCAGAUAAUUAUGUGAAGAGAGAGAUCCUUUCUAUGAAAGUUCAUUGUCCUUACUCAAGGAAUGGUUGUAAACAUAUUGUGGAGUUGAAUCAAAUUGAAGAACACCAGGAGACAUGCCAUUUUAACUCCGUAAUGUGCCCUCUUAACUGUAAUAAAUUCAUUUUGAAAAGAGAUAUCACCAAUCAUAAAGAAACAGAGUGUGUCAAGAGAAAUAUAGUAUGUUCCCUCUGUCUAGGAAGUUUGAUUUUUGAAGAUUAUGGGGAACAUGAAGGGGUUUGUCCCAAGCAGUUAGUUCCAUGUUCUUUUUGUAAAGCAGAUGUCCUUAGGGUCAUGGUACCAGAACAUAUUGCAGUUGACUGUCCUAAUGCAGCCAUCAAAUGUUGUUUCUACAUUUUUGGAUGUAAUAAAGAAAUUGAACGACUCAAGAUGGAGAAACACAUGAAAACAAAUGUCCAGAAACAUCUGCAGCUGUUGUGUCAUGCUUUUGUAAAGCUUCUCAACUUCCAAAAUAUUGAAAGUAUCUUGUCUUCGAUUGAAACUGGAAAUGCAGUGAGUCAGAGUCAGCCGAAUGUAACUGAUCCAGAAAUAGUUGGAGAUUUACCAACUUUAUUACAAAAUGCAGAAGGAGGGGCUUCAGGAAAUGCAGAAGCUAAUAUGCUGAAAUUUUCGCAGGGUCCUUCUCGUACUAUCUCAAGUAUUUCACAGCCAUUACCAUCUCUUCCACCAAACGUUCCUAUUAUACGCAGCCAAUCCGUAAAGGUGCCUAAUUUAGCAAAAUGUAAUGCAGGAGAUACUGCAUCUUCAUCCGAUAUUUUUGAUUUUGAGUUUCAAUCGUUGAAAGAACGAAAUAUCUACCAAGAAGAGAGCUUGGCCAGGCACAGCCAUGAGUUGCUUGAACUGCAGUUUCGGCAUGACCACAUUGAACGCAUCAACAAGGAAACACAACAAAAGCUACGUGCUAUUGAAGAAAAGGUUAAUCGUCUCACCGAGUUAGAAGGACGAUUGUGUAAUGGACUAUACAUCUGGAAAAUAAAAAAUUAUUUACGGCACAGACAUAAAGCUAUUAGUGGUGAAAUGCCAGUUCUGCAUAGCCCACCAUUUUAUUCCAAUUACUAUGGUUACAAAUUAUGUAUGAGAUGCAACCUUAAUGGAGUCGACUAUUCUCAGGGAACACAUUUGUCUGUUUUUAUUCACUUCAUGCAAGGAGAAUGGGAUGACACCUUAACAUGGCCAUUUCGAGGUAAAAUAAUUUUAUCUGUCAUAGACCAGAACCCAAAUAUAGAAGAGAGGCGACACUCUGUUGAAUCUUUGAUAUCAAAACCAACAUUAGAUGCUUUCCAGAAACCAACAACCCAUCGCAACCACAAGGGUUUUGGAUACAUGGAGUAUGUGCCACUUAGUGAAUUAGAUAAUUCCACUUAUGUCCUCAAUGACACUCUUAUACUCAAAGCCCAGAUUUUUCCAGAAUUUUAAACUAUUUGACAGUGGUGCUCUACCAUGGCCUUGGCCACAAUAACUAAAACAAAUUAAAGAACUAAAAGACAUAGAUUUGUUCAUCUAAAAUGUCAAUAUGUAUUUCUAGAGAUGAAUGCAUGUUAAUAGCCACACAAAAUGUUUUUAAAAUGUGGCAGCUCUAAUGUAAGUGAAGAGGUUAUUUGUAUGUGUCUUUAAGUUUUUUAUAAAUCUGUAGGGAAGUCAUAAAAUGUAUCAUGUAGCUGUGAUAAGAGGGGAACAUUGUCAAUGUUUUGUUCAGAUGCAAUCCCUUUUGCAAGAUAGAGGAAAGAAAAAAAAUUCAUGUUAUUUGCUAUAGAAUAUUUGUGGCAGUAAUAGAUGUAAUAAGUGGUAGGUAGGUAUGUGGUUUCUGUGCAGUAGAAACGGGCUUAGGUAAGCAGCUGUAGAAGAGUUGAUGUGUGUGUCAAUGUAUAUGGGCACAAGAAUAUGUAUGUGCACAGUGUGUGUGUGUGUGUGUUCAUCUGCAUGUAGGAACGAACGUAGACAGGAAGGUAUUGACUCUGAUACUGCACUUGAAACUUCUUUUUGCCCAUGCUACGUGUUUCUGCUCACCAUACAUCUUCCUAAUAAUUACAAAUCACAUAACCACUCAGUAACCUCCAAAAGAUCCAUUAUUAUUACAAAUUGCAACACAGAUUUUAAUUUUUUGUUGUUGUUGUCUUCCUUGUAUUCUCUCUAAAUUGGAAAAGUGCCUGCACCUAAAAACAUUGAUGAUUUUUUUUUCCCCCAUUUCUUUUCCAACAAAUGCAACAGCUGCUAUGUUACAUUUAUUUUAUUGCAUUCCUUUGGAUUACUUUUGCCAGCACAGACUCACAAUGGAUUCCUCAGAUUCUGGAUUCUCAGAUUUUUACUUUAUAAAAAUCUAUGAUUCUCUACUUUCCUUUCUCAUUUCAAUGCUAGCCUGGCUUAGAGGAUUUACAAAUCCUGGUAUUUGCCUCAACUAUCAAACUGAAAAUUCUUAUCAUUAUGCCAUGUUAUCAUCUUCAUCGCCAUCAUCAUUGUCAUCAUCUUUGGCAUUAUACACUUCCACUAUCACUCCAGUCGGUCAACUCGUUCAGUAGUUUGGAUACAUUUAUGAGUUAUUGCUAGUUGUCUCUAAGAUAUGUUUCCCUAAAUUAAGAUUAGUGUGUGUGUGUGUGUGUGUGAAAAUACUUGAUUAGUUGGAGUAAAUUUGACAUUUAAACUUGUGUCUGCUAGGUUAGACAAAUUGUCUAGUGUCUGAGGACCAUUCUAGCUGUAAUUUAGUCUGUAAGAUAACUCUUAAAUUACACUCUGUCAUCUUGAAAUUGGAGAGACACAUUUGGAUAAUUAGGUUCCCAGAUAUACAAUGCCUGAGAAAAAGGUGGUAUGUUCUUGGUUGGAACACUUUUGAUUGUUUACCUGUUCUGCAAGACAACUACUACUAUAAGAUAUUAGCAUGUGAAUAAUAUUUUUAAACUCAUCUGACACUGCAUUUAAUGGGUUACAUGUAGACAUGCAUGCAUGCAUUCAUUCAUUCAUACAUGCAUGCAUGUAACAAGUCACUGGAUUACAAUGUGUGUGUGUGUGUGUAGAUAUAGAUAUAUAUUUUGGUAUACACUUGUUGUAUACUCUCAAAGAAUGCAUGUCUUCACUUCUGUGUGACAUUGAAAUGAAAAGGAAUCUUGACAUAAUAAGAAAAAUAAAUGAAAUAUCAAAAUCUUCUAAAAUAUACAUAGUUUGUGUGUGUAAAACAAAGGUAAAAAUGAGAAAGCGCUCACUUUUGUGGUACUCUGCAAAGCAAAAAGCAGUUAGAUAAAGGGCAAAUAUUCUUCAUAUACCUUGUAUUACAUAGAGGGCCCCCAUUAUGUGAAUCAGGGCUCUAUUUAAAACUUUAUAAAUUUCUUCUCUUCACAACACUAGCAUUAUCCUUGUUUUGCUCUCAAAAAUGGAUGUCAGACCAUGAAUGAUAAGGUAUCGGGAGUAACAAUUUCAUGUAUUGUAUGAGCUUAAAAAACUUAUUUAACCUGGACAGGCUGUUUGAAAAUAAUCAAUGUUUGGAUAUUAAGGCAGAAUGCAAAAGUUCAUUCUUUGAUAUUCUCUAAAAUUUCAAUGUUAAAAUUGUUUCAUUGCUGCCUAAGCACCGUUCAAUAUCUGGAUGGCUUUGUUAAGUUUCAAAAUCCCUGCAUAAUGGGAUAUUGUUUUGUAUUACAAUCACCACCACCACCACCCUCUUCUCUUUUUUUUUUUCUUUUCAGUCUUUAAAACUGCUGAACUUUAUUUUUUUUUUUCUGCAUCAUUCAGCUUUCCUAGUAUUUUAUGUGAUAGAGAUCUGAACAUGAGGAUGUUCGUAUUUUCUCCCAGCUAUAUUGAGUGCCGAAAAUCAUUCAGCGUUUUAGAGAGCUGAACUGUUGGGAAUUUUUUUUCUUUUUGCCCCUCUCUCUUUUUUCUUUUGUUUUGUUUUUGGAUAAUUUACCAAAGCUGUUAAUAAUUCCCAAGUUGAUCCUUUCAUUGUUGAUUUGCCAGAAGUAUAGCUUAUUGGACAGCCAUAUUAUUACAGGCAAGAUUCCAAGUUUUAACUAACAAUGAUGGUUUUAAUUAAAUCUAUAUUUCUAAAAUAUU